AAGGGUAUCUCGGUAUCUCUUAUCAGAUUUGUAUCUUCUUGGUGACAAAACGCAACAGCCAGUAGCAAUUGAAGCCUCCUGGAAAGCGAUCGUGCCUAAAAGUUUUACAUCCCGACGUGAAGUCGAGGGGGUUAGCGCUAAGCGUGAACCGCUCUACAAAGUUCUUCUUCCCCCACCAACAACUUCUUCUCCACAACAUCUCCAGUCUUCCUUACAACACGCAAACCACGGUUCAUUCGGCGUUGAUAAUCCAGUUCAUUGCACCUCACGCACAACUGUUCGAUUCUACAAUCCACGUCACUGUCAACAUGUCUGGAUCAGACGAUAACGGAAGCCCAGGUGCGCCCGAGAAGCCCGAAGGUGCUGGCCAAAGCGAACAUCUCAACAUCAAGGUUACGGACAACAACAAUGAGGUCUUCUUCAAGAUCAAGCGUACUACGGCCCUGAAGAAGCUCAUGGACGCGUUCUGUGAGAGACAAGGCAAGGCUCCUACGUCGGUCCGAUUCCUCUUCGAUGGCAGCCGUGUUCAACCAACCGAUAGUCCAGACACUCUUGACAUGCAAGACGGAGACACACUCGAAGUACAUCAAGAGCAGAUCGGUGGCGCGAACUAGAUAUUUCGACCAGGGCAGGAGGACACAUAUCUGCGGCAUUGAGAAGCAGCUAGACAUGGUCGAAGACGGGAGUGUUUGCAUCUCGAUAUGGUACGGGUGACUUCAUGGUGGCUAUUUCAUUUUCAGGCGUGCAAGGAGUCUCUUAUCGUGGCAUGCUGGCUUUGGGGAGACGGGUUGGCUGAUUUCUAGUGCUUGACAAUCAAGUCUACCUUGAUCUGCCAUAGUCCGAGGCAAGGUAUGCCUGUUCACGGUGAACGAAGACAAUCUCAAAGCAAUCAAAAAAAAAAUCACUAUGCUCGCGGCUCUGGGUGAGAGUAUACAUUCCCCAGCCCGAAAUCACUUCCUUGCCUCUUUGAGUACACACAUAUACACAUAUAUACAAUAUCCAACACCAUGACAAUGCAAGAACUAGAUAC